AUCGUCCAGCGCGAGUCCCGACAAGGCAUGCAUCACCGAUAAUCCGUGAUCAACUCCCUGUAAGACCACGGCACAUUUUAUGCUAAGUUUUCAGCUCUGUCCAAAUUGCGGGGAUGAUCGCCGUUCUUAAUCAGCCUUAUGCCCUCCGAUGGAACCCUGAGCUGGCCGACUUGACUUCUUUAGGCUUGGGAUGAGAAUGGUGAGACAGUGAAUCAUCGGUUAACUGCCUUUGUAAGUUAGAUAAGGCUGUAAGUGGCUUGCAGCUAAAUAUUAAAGCUAAGACGGUGAAAUUUUGGACCGUUGAUUGAUAGCGGUGUGUUGUAUUAUAAGAAGCAGAUAUCGCCCCAGCUUAGAGAUUCUUGUUCAUCAUCCUGCAGAGACAGAUUAAGCUUAAUUCUCAAUUCAUCAUGAAAUUCAGCGCCAUCCUCCUCGUUCUCGCCCCUCUCGUCUCCGCAGCUGCUUCAAAGGAGGCUGCGGCUGGGCUUCCCGACCUUGCUUCGGCCGGUGAGAAGGGUCAUGAUCUCUCAUCGCACGGCGAGGGACUUCAGCUCGCUGCCAGAGUCUGUCCUGCCAAGUUCCCGAGAAAGUGCUCCCUCGGAAACUUCUGCUGCCGAACCCUGAAGUGCUGUAAGAAGGAAUGCUGUCAAAACUCAGCGAGAUAUUGCAGCAAUGGUCGUUGCUAUAGAUAGAUGGCAAGUUAAUUAGGAUGAUGUAAGUUUCGAGACAAGCUUCCGUUGAGGAGAGGUACUAAUUGGUUGUAGCAUCUAUGGUGUGGCACUGGAUGGAUGCGAUUAGGUACUAGGGAGAUUUAAACCGGAAGAGGAUGCUCUACGCCAUGGGAUUUAGUUUGUCUGAAACGAGCUUGAAAACUACUAGUAUAAAUACAAAUGAACGACAUUUUACUUUAUAA